AUGGCUGACAACGCUCAAACUUCUACGGCGACCAAGGAUGCCCCGGGCUCUGGGCAUCUGGAACAAGUCCUCUCCGAAGGGGCCAUAGAUAAGCAGACUGUCGACUAUUCGCGUGUCGACAAUGAAGUCCAGCAGUAUGCCGGUCAGGAAUCCAUCUCAAUUGAUAAAGCAACAAACAAACGACUGCGCAAGAUGAUCGACCGGCGCGUGUUGGUAGUCAUGAUCCUUACCUACUUCUUGCAGGCGCUGGAUAAGGGAACGAUGUCAUUUGCUUCUAUUAUGGGGAUCAGAGAAUAUGCUGGCUUGGAGAAUGGCCAGAAGUACUCUUGGUUAACGACCUGCAUCUACAUCGCCGUCCUUGUUGUUGAAUACCCGACGAAUUUGAUUAUCCAGCGCGUUCCGAUUGCCAAAUACCUAGGUCUUAAUAUUACUCUAUGGGGCGCCACCCUUGCUCUACACUCUGUCUGCAAAAGCUUUCCUAGUUUACUGGCUGUCCGCACAUUGUUGGGUAUCUUUGAGGCUGUUUGUCAACCCUCAUUUGUUCUACUUUCUAGUAUGUGGUACAAGCGGCAUGAACAAGCAGAAAUUGUUACCUACUGGUAUAUGAUGAAUGGUGGACAACAAGUCGUCGGCGGCCUGUUGGCUUACUGCUUCAGUCUCAUCGGCAACGGUUACCAUAUCAAGUCCUUUCAGGCUCUCUUCCUAACAUACGGGUGCAUUUCUGUUCUAUGGGGGGUCUUUGUGAUCCUCUGGAUGCCUGAUUCACCCAUGCGCGCUAAAUGCUUUGACGAGGACGAUAAACGCCUGAUGAUCGAGCGUGUUCGAUCUAACCAGACUGGACUGCAGAAUAAACAGUUUCGCGCCUAUCAGGUUCUAGAAGCAUUCCGUGAUCCCCAGGUUUACUGCUACAUGGCAAUCCAGGUCUUUACUACACUUCCAACCAGCGGAUUGGCCAACUUUGCCAAUAUAAUCAUUGAGAGCUUUGAUUUUACUGUGCUACAGACUCAGCUAUUAUCCAUGGUCCUUGGGUUCUAUAUUAUUAUGGUGCUGUUCAUGACCUUAUUCUUGAUCAAGAAAACCGGCCAGAACCUGUAUAUUAUGCUGGGAUUUAUUAUACCGUCAUACAUUGGCACCAUCGUCUUGAUGACUGUGGAAAAUAAGAAUUUUGCAACGAAAAUUGGUCUCCUAAUUAGCUACUACAUCACCAUGUCGUUUUGGGCUGCCCAGACAUUGGGUUUAUCCAUGGUCUCUCGAAACAUCGGCGGUGCGACCAAAAAGUCCGCUGUUAUCGCGACGACCUUUGUUUCCUGGGCUGUUGGGAACUCCAUCGGCCCUCAAGUCUUCCUUGACAACGAUGCCCCUCGCUACCUCACUGCCUUUAGCGUGCAUUUAGGCUGCUACGUUUGUCUGACAUUUGCGGUCAUAUUCCUGCGGUUUUAUCUGUCCAGACAGAAUAGGAAGAAAGACCGCAUGCUUCUUGAAGCAGGUCUUGAUCCUAACGAGGAAAAUCUGGCGCAUGCGUUUGAAGACCGCACUGAUCGGGAGAAUCUUUACUUCCGGUACAUGUACUAG